AUGGCCGAUUAUUUACAGAAAAUAAAAUCAAUCAUCGAUAGUCUCGCUGGUGCUGGGAAAAACAUAUCUCAACAAAAUUUCAUCCUUUAUGCUUUGGGAGGACUCGGUCCUAAAUACGAAUCUCUACCUGUAGCGGUAACUACUCGCACCGACCCCAUCGCCAUCGAAGACCUUCAAGGAAUGCUUCUUACACAUGAGAUUCGUCUUGAAUUACUCCACUCUAACUCUCCAAUCGCUAAUCUUGCCUUUGGAUCGAGAGAUUUAGGUCCACUACACUAUUUUCUUGGGAUUGAAGCUCAUCGAUCUACCUCCGAUAUUUUUCUCUCUCAAUCAAAAUAUAUCAAUGACAUUCUUAUCCGAGCCAAUAUAAGUGACUCAAAGCCUCUUAAUACUCCAAUCUCUUCUGGGUCUUCAAUAUCUCUCCAUGAUGGCGAUACUCUUCCUGAACCAUUUUUGUAUCGCAACAUUGUUGGUGCUCUCCAAUAUUUGACGCAUACUCGACCUGAACUAGCAUUUGCUGUCAACCGUUCCUGCCAAUUCAUGCAGUCUCCUACCACCACUCAUUGGUCUGUAGUAAAAAGAAUACUUCAUUACCUUCGUCAUACUCCUCAUCAUGGACUUCUCAUUCAUCCAUCAUCUUCUCUCGAUAUAUCUGCCUUUUCUGACUCCGACCGGGCUGGUUGUCCGGACGAUCGUCGCUCCACAACUGGCUACUGCAUAUUUCUUGGUGACAAUCUUAUCUCUUGGAAUUCAAAGAAACAACAAGUUGUUGCUCGGUCUAGUACCGAGUCUGAAUAUCGAGCUCUAGCUAAUACCACUGCUGAACUCAUCUGGCUCCAAUCCUUGCUACGUGAACUUUGCAUAUCCCUAUUUCAACCUCCCACUCUAUGGUGUGACAACAUUGGUGCUGCAUUUCUGUCGGUCAAUCCAGUUUUCCAUGCUCGUACGAAACAUAUAGAGAUUGAUUUUUCACUUCAUUCGCGAAUGUGUUGCUCUGAAAGAUCUUUACAUCCGAUACAUACCUACUGA